CACACACAUUCUCUCCUCUGCCAGACACACCGAGAGACGGUGGUGUGUGAGGAGGAGCCGUGCGUAUUUACGCUCAGAGUGAGUGCAUGUGUCGGGGAGAGUUGGAGAGCCCGCAGCGCGCAGACUGGAGAGCCCCGCUUGUCUGAGAGCGGGACCCGGCAGCCGGUGAUAAGCCUUCAGAGAGGAGCAGGAGGAAGAACCGCCUGAGAGCUCCUUCAUUUAUUUGACUGCCUCUCCACGCGCUCUCCCGGCUGACGUUAACGCGCAGCUGAGAAGGAAAGCAAACAAGUUGAUCAAGAAGAAGGGUCCGAUUCAGCCCGAGCAACUCUAAAGUUUUGACCGUAUUUUUAGUAUCCCCCCUCCCCUUUUUUCCCCCUCUCCCCGUCCCCUCUGAGAGCGGAGUGGCAGAGGGAGGGACGGGAGAACCGGGCGGACGGACCGCGAAGCUGCGCGCCUCCCCGGUGGCUGAUCCACUGGAUGCGGGGUGAUGGAUUAACAGCCUUCCUCGGACCCUGCCGGUUUUUGUUGUUCUUUCACCGCCGACCCCCUGUCCACUUUGGGAUUAUUUCAGCGCUCACCGACCCCCACCCUCCCCCCUUCUCGAGAUGACAGAGGAAUAUGUUUUGCGGUGCGUCCUGAUGCUCUGCUGCGCGCUCCUCUCCGCCAACGCGAGUAACUGGCUGUACUUGGCCAAACUGUCCUCAGUGGGAAGCAUCAGGGAUGAGGAGACCUGCGAGAGGUUACGAGGCCUCAUCCAGAGACAGGUUCAGAUCUGUAAGCGCAGUGUGGAGGUGAUGGAUGCAGUGCGUCGUGGAGCCCAGCUGGCUAUAGAUGAAUGUCAGUUUCAGUUUCGCAACCGCCGAUGGAACUGCUCCACUCUGGAGACCAUGCCUGUGUUUGGCAAAGUGGUCACCCAGGGCACCCGUGAGGCAGCCUUUGUGUAUGCCAUCUCAGCAGCCAGUGUGGCGUUUGCGGUCACAAGGGCCUGCAGCAGCGGAGAGCUGGAAAAAUGUGGCUGCGACCACAAUGUACAUGGAGUCAGUCCAGAGGGGUUCCAGUGGUCGGGCUGCAGUGAUAACAUUGCGUAUGGAGUGGCCUUUUCUCAGUCCUUUGUGGAUGUGAGAGAGAGGAGUAAAGGCCAGUCAUCCAGUCGGGCUCUCAUGAACCUGCACAACAAUGAGGCCGGCAGAAAGGCCAUCUUGUCCCACAUGCGUGUGGAGUGCAAAUGUCACGGCGUAUCAGGCUCCUGUGAGGUAAAGACCUGCUGGAAAGCCAUGCCUCCCUUCCGCAAGGUGGGCAACGUCAUCAAGGAAAAGUUUGACGGUGCCACUGAGGUGGAGCAGCGCAAGGUGGGCAGCACCAAAGUCUUGGUCCCUCGCAACUCCCAGUUCAAACCUCACACAGACGAAGACCUGGUCUACCUGGACCCCAGUCCAGAUUUCUGCGAUUAUGAUCCACGCACGCCGGGUAUGCUGGGAACGGUGGGCCGCCAGUGUAACAGAACCUCAAAGGCCAUUGACGGCUGUGAGCUGAUGUGCUGCGGUCGCGGCUUCCAGACACAGGAGGUGGAGGUGGUGGACAGGUGCAGCUGUAAGUUCCACUGGUGCUGUUAUGUAAAAUGUAAACAGUGCCGUAAAAUGGUGGAGAUGCACACUUGCCGGUGAUGGAAGUGGGAGCACAGAAGGCACUGCUGAUGAACAAAACAAACGCCCCACACUCUUUCUCAAUUACCAAGAGGGAGCGUGGAGGACUUGUGAAGCUCCCUUUUCUCCUGCUUGAAGCCACCCCACCCUCCUACUACUGGUCAACGGAAACAGACUGAGUGGCUGAGAGGUCAAAGGUCAUCCUAUUCAUUUUAUGCCACCAUAAUGGAUAUCAGUAGUUUAUGCAUGGGACUUCCUACAAAGCUACAGAGGCAGUUUGUUUCUUCUCAAGUAGAGAGCAUCUUUCACUUUCUGUCUCCCUCCCUCACUCUCAUAUUUGGUUUGUCAUUGAUGCUUCUUAUUUUUGUAAUGUUUAACUUAUUUGUUGAGACUGAGGAGACUGACGGGGGUGGACCUAGAAGGAGGAGACAGACGAGUGGAGAUAAGGGACAAACUGGACCCAUGGGUGGGCAGAAGGGUGGGUGGGAUUAAAGGGUUAGGGUGGGGUCAAGAGGAGUGUUAUUUGCCCUCUGUCCUUGCUGCUGCUGCUUCGGUGACUCACUUGGAGGGCUGGAUGUCAAAAAGGGAGACGCCAAGUCUGUCAGAGGUCAGACUUGAUCAACAAAGAGGAGUGAGUCGCAGACAGACUCUCUGUGAUUUGCCUCCUGAGUGUACAUGGCUGUGCUUCGCUGAGGUUCAGUUGCUGUUGAGGCAUUUAUUUUGCCCCCUGCAAUGCCCUGAUGCUGCUCCACUCACACACACUCACUCUCUUUCCGUCAGAGGGGUUAUGAUGAUGAACAGGUGAAAGCCACUGUCAGCUCCUUUCGGUCUUUUCUGUCAGCCAGUAGCACUGGCAGGUGAUGGGCAUCAGACACAGAACACUCACAUACUCAACAAAAUUACUAUAAAAAACAAACACAUGUAUACAUCCAUAGCUGCUACCUGCAAUGGGAAAUCUUGUAUUGAAACUCUUUCCAGAUCAGAUCCAAAAUGAUUCAUUACCAUUACAGAACAUCAUGUUGUGAAAAUCUUACGUGCUCAUUUGGAUUGAUGUUGAUCUUGGCCUCACCCUGCACGUCGCCAUCUGCCAAAUGCUAGUUGGCUUAAUGCAAACACAAGCAAACACGCAGACACAUGCAUGCACCAGCAAACACACAAUGUAAACACACACAGACACACAAUGGGGUCUGCCAUGGGGUUGCCGAGCAUGUUCACCAUGCAUGAUGACUGAAGCACUUUCUCUCCAAGCGCACAUAGAGCUCUCGCCCCACAGCAACAAACAUCCAACCACAUAUUCAAUUUUCACUGUUUCUCUCACUCUCUCUCUCUCUCACACACACAUACACACACUCACACAGUUUCCCAUGCCACUGUCAGGACUCUCUUGUUGUCUUGUACCACCACCAUAAAGCCAAGCUUUCCUAUAAUAACGUGCUAUCAUUAUAGAGACAUACUGUAGAUCUGUAAAGACUUAUACACUGAAGAAGACUAUACUGCCUAUGAAUGUAUGUUAAUACGGAAUAUAUGCUGUGUCAAAAA